ACAAAGACAGAAAGAAAGAAAGAAGGAGAAGAAGAAGAAGAAGAAAGUCAGUUGUCUCUGUCUGUGUUGUCGUCCAUUAACAAAACGGAGUGAAACAAAACGGAGUGAUGAGUUUCAGUGAGAGCGACUUUAGUUCUAAUGAAGAACUUGAUAAUAUUCAAGUGGGAGAUGCCACAGUUGAUGUUGUGGGAAGAGUAUGCAGAGUAUCUGACAAUUUCGACUGUAAAGGAACAAAAAAUAAGUACAUAAAAAUUGUUGUAAAUAACAAUACAGGACGUCAGAUUCAGGUUACCGCCUGGAAUAAUUUAACACACCUACUCGAAGAGAUUAAAGAGAUAGACGAGAUUGUUUACGUUGGUAAUGUCAAAGCGCAAAAAGUAUCGAAACCAAUAACCAUGGAAAUAUGGAUAUUGAGCUAAUAGUGAAAGAAAAUUCCUGUAUUGAAGUAUGUGGAUCACUAAAUAAAUCAUCAACAUCGUCUCAAGUUGUAAGCUGCUCAAUUAUUGAUGCGUACUCACGCAUUGGAGCAAAAGUUGAAAUGGACGCCUACAUAAAAAAUUCAUUGAGAUUUUUCAAAAAUCAAGAAUUUGUAUUUUAUGUAGGAUCAAUAACAGAUGGAGAGCACAAACUUUGAAAUAAAAAUAAAUACUGAUCAUGUUGAGAUACCACUCGAUAAGGAAGAUUCAGUCCAUGUUGUAGGAGUGAUGGAAAGA